AUGCGGGCUUUUGACCUGGAUUUCACUGUGGACACGGGCGUAAUUCCAGAACACCAAAUUUCGCAGCUCGGUGCGAAUACCGCGGUCGUCGAGGCGGUCAAAAACGCAACCUUGGCUUAUCUGGAAAAAGACGGGAACAUCAAGCUGGACAAAGCCGAUCUCCAGUUGUUUACCGUGACCGCAGGGACGCCAAGUAGCAGCUCGAGUGCAAUCUCGGCUUCUUCUGCCGCCCUGAGUGCAGCGGCCUUUCUGGAGGACGAAGAGGAAUUUGCUCUUAGCAACGGCCGUAGUUUCCUCGCGGACUCCGCCGCCCGCAGGCUCCGGCGCGCUACCAUGACGGUGGCGCUCUCCAUCGCUUUCACGGCGAUCGUUCGCAGUGCUCCAGCCGGCUACGUCUAUCAGGCAGCGCCAGACUUGGCGGGGCUCGUGGCAGCAGAAAAUUUGCGCAGUGCGAAUUUGAAAUCGGCGCUGACCGUCGGCGGGAAAAAGGAAGGAAGCCGGUACGAGGAAUUCACCUACGAGGCUUGGAUCUACCCAACGAGGGAAGAUGCAAACCGCAAAGAAAUUUUCGGCGGCAUAGCGCGAGGCUUUUAUCUAAUUCGUGCUGAGGGGCCGGAUGUGUGGAAUGCGGCGUGCAAAACUGGCUCCGUGUACGACAGGUACCAGCCAAGGAACGUUCUCAUGCGGAGCCCCAUGAGAAGCAUUUCCUGCUGGUGUUUUAGAAUCUGUAAUGCGCCAAUUAGCAUAGUAGGCUAG